UCUCUGCAAGAAAAGAAACCUCUUCAUAACGAAAUAGUCUUACCAUUUCGAUUUCUUCAACAACGGUUAGACCGCGUACGAUUCAGGCAACUCUAGUAAUAAAGUUAAUCAAGUUUAUAGUUUAUUCCUUUGCCAGUUCAAAUGCACAGUGGACCAUCUGUUGUGUCCACCGCAAGGAAUCGAACCAUGGAUUUUAGCGUGUUCGUUCUACUCUGUACCUCAAUAAUAGCCUUAACUGAAGGACUAGGAGGAGGUUAUUAUUCGGGAUCUUUAUUACCUGUCCACCAUCUCCCAGUCUACUCCACAGAUCAUGCUCAAUACGGAUAUGAUAAUCAAGAACAUGGAUACGGAUAUGAAAAAUGUGAUCCCACUCAACCUCCACCUUGCGCUGCUAAUACAAGCUUACCAUUUUGUCUUGAGGAUCCAUAUUAUCCACAUUAUGAAAUCAAGGAUGCCAUCUCUGCCGAUCCGCACAAGUUUCAGAAGAAAUACUCAGACAUUCCGGAUCAAUCUGCUGAUGAUCUUGUAGAUGGUGUGGCAAAAGAUCAGGAGUCAGCUUUUGAUUACACUUACUACACCGGAGCCGGAACGUACGACAAAACUCACUGGGAAGGGCCAGAAGGUUACAUCUGUCCAUCUCAAGUGCUGUACGCUCAACCUAAAAGAGCAGUAAACACUGAAGGAAAGUGGAGAGUAAUUGUGAACGCUGUUCAUUAUUACACCCAAACAGCAAGAGUGGAAGUCUGCCUAUUCCCCAACGCUGGAUGUCGACUCCUGGCCCCAUGUUACAAAUCCAAGUGUACCCAGAAGUAUGUUUACCAUCGAUUGUUGUCCUGGGACCCGUGCGACGCCUACCGGGGUCUUUUCAUCGAUACGUACCGGUUUCAGUCAGCUUGCUCGUGUCACAUCCCGGGCCACUAGUUGAUGCAAACACAGUCAUGACGUCAAUAAACACGACGUACUAAACGUAUUCAAAAUACAUUUGAGGAAGGGGAGUAAAAAAAAACAUAGUGCUAGAAGAACAAAUAAACGAACUGAUGGUAAAUAAAUGGAUAACUGUUAGUGUAAGAACUGUUGUCAGGCAGCGGCCCAUUAGGUUUUAUUAUAUUCAUGGAUAAUGGUAAUAAGUAGUAAUAUACAUAUAUAUAUAUACAGUUUCUUUGCCCACUAACACCAGUUAA